UUUUUUUUUUUUUUUGAAAAAUGCUCAACCAAACAUCCAAUGAUGAUGAGUCAAGGCUUGUUGGCUCAAACUUUGGAAUACUGACGUCACACUGCGGCAAAACAGUAAUUUAUUUCAAACCUUAUAAUACAAUAAUUAAACAUUCUCUACAUUUUCUUAAUUACUACAACUAUUUAAAUUUAGUACAGUACAUACUGUACAUAAAUGUAUUAUAUGCAAAUAUUAAAUUUUAUUAAUAAUAAGAAUUUAUUCAAUUUUAAAAAAAAAUAUUUUAUAAUUAUCU